UCCAUGAAGAUUCAACAAAGGUAGAGAUUUUUCAGAAUUUCAUGCCAGAACCAAAUACGGUGUAAUAGGUUGAUUAACAUUAUACUGUCAAAAAUUUUGCUCAAACGUCAAAAAUCUGAGACCGAAAACGGAACAUGAAUCACCAGAAGGUCCAGAACCCAACAAACCUACACGUGGCCGUGGAAGCAUGCCUUCUCUUUCCUGUAAAGACAUCGAAAACAUCCAAAGAAGGAGUUCUUCUAUAUCAGAAGAUUCAGCGCGAGAAAGUCUAAGAUUUCGUAUUCUAAUAUGUAUACUGAGUGAUGGUGAGUUGGGGGUGAAAUUUGGUACUACCAAAUUGAUUUCAGUAGCCUCAAUUUUUCAUUUAGUUACAAGACAACCGUAUUCUUCUACAGAUUUGAAUUUCUUCUAUAUACUGAGCGUUAAUGGAGAAAUCACCGAGUCGGCAACCAGUCAGGUCAGGGAGUUGGCUGCAAUAACCCGACCCAACAACUCCAUCAUCUUACUCUGUCUUUUUUUUCUACUGAUGAUCAAUUCUGUUUUGAUUGAAACUACAAAUCAUACAAAAACUAAACUAAUCAAUAGGUAUAUUUGGGUGCUAAUUAGUUCGCCAUUGUUAAGAAAUUGGGCAUGAAUAUUGCUUGUAAUUUGGUAGAUUUGAUCAAUUUAUACCUAAAAUAAAAAGAAAAUUAUCACCAUUCUUGAUUUUUAAAUUCAGUAAACUUGUCAGUUGUUUUCGUCCGGUUUCUGUGAAAUUGGAGUGCAAAACUGAUCGAGAAUCGAAGAAUUUUGAAGAAAAUCGGAUUGAAACUUUUCAUUAAAAAAAGGAGCAAAGUGUGACUGACAUUUUACAUAAGAGUGACCAUAUAGAAGGCUUUCUUGACAGUUGGCCAAUUAAUGGCAUAGAGUAUAACUGUAUUAGAGUCUUAAAAGUCUCACACACAAUGUUAUGUCCCAGACAACUGCAUCCCUAUUAACAUUUUGAGGGGAUUUAAAUAUUGCCUUGCAUUAUUGUAGUUGAGAAGAUCUAGUUAUUUGUUGAAUCAUUGCCAAUGUUUGAUGAAACAUCACAAUGUUUGCAUUAUUAUAGUGGAGAUUAUCUAAUUAUUUUUUGAACCAUUGCGAUGUUUCAUCAAACAUUGUGAUAUUCAUGACUCAACACAUUCACAUCCAUCCAUGUAUAUAAGAAUUCUGCAUUGAUUCACUAUGUUUUCUAUUUGGAUUCUCCAUCCCCAGCAAUCUUCAAAUGCAGAACCGUGAAGAAGUUAAUAUGGAUAUAGUUGUUGAAGAUCUUCCAUCAUUUCUAGAAAGUUAGCUGAUGAGAAUGAAAGGCUUGUGUUGAAAGGGGCUUUACACAAUGCUGUUACACAACUGGUUCAAUCUCACGUAAAGUUACACAUGCAUUCAACAAGAUGAAACGGAUGAUUCUAUGCACAUAUUCACAGGCCAUACUGAUGAGCCGGAUGAUUCUGUGCACAUAUUCACAGGCUAUACUGGUGAAUUAUACAAGGUGGCUUGUAGUCCUACUGAUGCAACCCUAGUGGCAACUGGAGGUGGAGAUGAUAAAGGAGUUCUAUGGGAGAAGGGUGUAGGAGAUUGGGCUCAAGAGCUUCAAGGUCAUAAAGGUUCUGUUUCCAGUUUAGCCUUCAGUAUUGAUGUACAGUUGCUUGGCACAAGAAGCCUGGAUGGAACUAUUCAAGUGUGGGACAUGCCUUUGGGUAGCCUCAAGUGUACACUUGAUGGUCCUGGAGGGGAAUUGAGCUUGCAUCCAAGAUUACAUGAAGUCCUGGCUGGGUCAGAGGAUGGCACUGUCUUGUUAUGGAGCGUUGAUAGAGAUGUGCAUCUCAGUAUGUUCUUUGGUCAUGCUAGCAGUGUUACUUGUGGUGAUUUUACCCCUGACGGCAAAAAAUCUGUACCGGUUCUGAUGAUACAUCACUUAGAGUUUGGAACCCUAAAACCGGAGAGAACAUUCACAUUAUUAACGGUCAUCCAUAACAUACCGAAGGUUUGACUUGCUUGGUCAUCAGCUCAGAUUCCAGUCGUGCUAUAUAACAGGGUCGAAGGAUGGCUCUGUUCACAUAGUGAACUUAAUAACUGGGAAGGUGAUUUAUUCUCUGCUAUCUCACUCUGACUUGGUUGAGUGCGUUGGUGUUUCCCCCAGCCUUCUUUCACAAAAAUGAAAGUGGGCAGGUCCAUCUAGGUACUCCUCGUAGAAAUGCUUUGCUCAAGAGAGCUUCUUGCUGGCCUAAGAUCGGAGGAUGAUAUAAAGACAUGUUGUCUUAGGGACCGAGCCGUUACCAAUGCAUUCCUUCGAGAGCCUGGAAGAGUCUCUAAUCCUGGUAUUGGGUCUCUGGCUAGCCGGGAGGGUCUAUUCUGGUUGUUGUAGAUGUAUUCUGGAAAUAUGCCACCCUAAUUCCUGCACCAAAGUCAUCCUAGUGAAUGCAACAGGUGGCGUUGAUCGAUUCUGGAACGAUCAGCUGCACGCUGUUCGUGUGAUCAUGAGGAUGGUGUAGCUAGCUUGGCAUGGUUAGGUUCAUCUAGGCAUGUAGUUACGGGAGUUCUUGAUGGUAGUUUCAGUCAGAGGAAUGUGUGAAGACAUUCAAUGGACAUGUCCAUGCCAUCCAGUCUGUCUCCCUCUGCAAAUUUAGAUUUCCUUGUUUUUGUUUGUAUUGAUCAAACUGCACUGAGUAUUUGAAAUUGCCGAUUUCAAAUGUAUAGUAGUAUAUUUGGUCAAAUUUAUAUGUAACUUAAUAGUGAGGUGAUGAUGGUGAAUUUGUGGUAAUAAGAUUGUUACAAAU